ACCGUUUGUUUUGACGUCGACUUAUUUACAUUUUUAUUUGUUUACGGUUUACGGACAGUAAAAAUGCCUCUGUUUAGCAACAAAUUCUCAGCUAAAAGUAUACCAGUUCGAAAACAAGACACUUCUGUGAUAAAAAACGAGUUUGGGAGCGAUUACGCAUCGAAGGAGUUGUCGCUCGAUUUGGGGCAGUUAUCCCUAAAAUUGGGAGAUUUCGAGGUAUCGUUUGAAGAUGGUCAAUGGAUUCCAGCGUCAGGAAAAGCUGGUGCAGCGCACAAAGAAAACCUGCGGUUAAAAAAGGAACUAGAGAGGCUUGAAGAGGAGAACAAUAUGUUGCGGCUAAAGUUUGAGAUACUUUUGGACAUGAUGACCGACAAAACGGUAGAAGCUGAACAACACGCUGAGAUACAGCGCGCACAGAGCGUAGGCUCAUUAAAAACGAAGAAUAAAAAACAAAAGUGGUAGUAGGUAGAUAUUUAGAUAAGUACAUAAUUAUUAUGAAGCCAAUCGAUUUCGAAACGUGCGUGCGUUCACAUUACUAGAACAAUCUCGUAAGUGGAGAAAUAUAGAAUGACCUAAUUGUACUUCCCAUAUUGUAAUCUCGUCCCAUCUAUUUUCGCUGCGGAGACGUUAUUAACUAUAUCUUUUCAAGAGU